GGAGGAUGCCGUGGAGCGCUGCCCUCCGCUCGGCAGCCGCAGCCCGGCCUUGAAACUCUGGCCGAAGCAGAAACACGUGAUUACAUGUACGAAGGGAGCCUUUCCCUCUGGGGUCGCGGUGGACUUGGAGGGUGGUUUUUCUCUGCAGGGCGAGCACGGGACCCCGCGGUCCCUGGAUUCGGUCAUUUUGCUCAUCUUUGGAGGCUUUCCUGUCCAGGCCACAUCUCCCUUGUCAUUGUACCAAUAACUGGGAUCUCAGACUCCGUUGCAGAGACCAUCAUCCUGUGGUGACAGCAAUCUGACUUCACAGAGUGCCACUUUAGAAAGUAACUGAAAGGACAUUUGCUAAUUCCUCUUCAACUUCAUCUUGCUGCUUCUAACAGAUUGGUCUAGCCUUUUAGAAUUGUGCUAAAGAUCAAGCUUGCUCAUCUCUCCCUUUUUGGAAGUAUGGCUUAUCACUUGAUGGGAUCCUGUAUUCUGGUUUUGUCUUCUACCAGCCUCCCAGGUCCCGAUAGUGACUCUGAAGCUGCAAUCGAGUUCCUUCAGCAACCAGGAAGUGAAAUCAAAUGGAUGUUGGUGAGUACCCCAUGGGAGCAGUUACUUCAUUUCAUUUAUCCCAAGUGAACUGUAACCUGCAAGCCUCCUUUAGUUUCCCAAACCCGAAAGAUGACCUUUCAUUUUGUCCAGUGACUAGGUCAGUCCUGCUUGUGGGAUCCAACUCUAUGUUGUGAUUAAGAAAUGUUUCAUAUCAGACAGAGUGACUCACAAGACAGAGAUAUUUACAUAUCAAAUAACUAUUUCAUUAGAUUUAAAGAAUGAAGAGGAGCAAUUUAUCUGUCGUGAAUAAAAUUAUCCAGUCGUCACCAGUAAUGAAACAGUCAAAACUUGGAUUCUACUCUUCUCUCAGCCAGACUCAUAUGUACACGGCUCUUGCAGACUGGGGGAGUUUGCCUCAUCAUGUGGUAUUACACAUUUUUCAGUAUCUUCCUUUAAUAGAUCGGGCCCGGGCAUCUUCUGUCUGUAGGAGAUGGAAUGAAGUUUUUCAUAUUCCUGACCUUUGGAGAAAGUUUGAAUUUGAACUGACUCAGCCAGCUACUUCGUAUUUUAAGUCCACUCAUCCUGAUCUCAUUCAGCAGAUUAUUAAAAAGCAUGCUACCCAUCUCCAGUAUGUGAGCUUUAAGGUUGACAGUAGUACUGAAUCAGCAGAAGCUGCCUGUGAUAUACUGUCUCAGCUGGUAAAUUGUUCUAUCCAGACCUUGGGCUUGAUUUCAACAGCCAAGCCAAGUUUUAUGAAUAUGUCAAAGUCUCAUUUUGUGUCAGCACUUACAGUUGUUUUUGUCAACUCAAAAUCAUUGUCAUCAAUCAAAAUCGAAGGCACACCAGUGGAUGACCCCUCACUGAAGAUUCUUGUGGCCAAUAACAGUGAUACUUUAAGACUCCUAAAAAUGAGUAGCUGUCCUCAUGUUUCAUCUGAUGGAAUCCUUUGUGUAGCUGAUCACUGUCAAGGCCUUAAAGAACUGGCAUUGAAUUAUUACAUGCUAAGCGAUGAACUUCUCCUGGCACUUUCAAGUGAGACUCAUGUUAACCUUGAGCAUCUUCGCAUUGAUGUUGUGAGUGAAAAUCCUGGACAGAUUGAAUUUUAUUCUAUUAAAAAACAAAGUUGGGAUGCACUUAUUAAACACUCCCCUGGAGUUAAUAUUGUUAUGUACUUCUUUUUAUACGAAGAGGAAUUUGAGACAUUCUUCAAAGAAGAAACCCCUGUUACUCACCUUUAUUUUGGUCGUUCAGUAAGCAAAGCAGUUCUAGGACGGGUCGGCCUUAACUGCCCACGACUCGUUGAGUUAGUGGUGUGUGCCAAUGGUCUUCAGACUCUUGACGAUGAACUUAUUUGUAUUGCUAAACACUGUAAAAACUUAACAGCCUUGGGCCUCAGUGAAUGUGAAGUUAGCUGCAGCGCCCUCGUUGAGUGUGUAAGACAGUGUGGGCGAAGGCUGACCCAGCUGUCGAUAAUGGAGGAGGUUUUGAUCCCUGAUGGCAACUAUGGCCUUGAUGAAAUCCACACGGAAGUCUCCAAACACCUGGGGAGGAUAUGGUUCCCUGAGGUCAUGCCCAUCUGGUAAUUGACAACCCAAGAUUCUUAACUACUUUUUACUCAGUAAGAUGAGCUUCUUUCAGUCUAUGCACAUGUACACUUUAAGAUGCGUUGCUGAAAUAUUUUAGGUAAAACAUUUCAUCGUUUGUGAAUUGUCUUAAUAGGUUGCGGCAGAAACACUGGAAAAAAAUACAAGGAAUUUGAGAAGCCAGAAUUUGUAGUAAGGGACACAGAGACUGUGAUGUGGUUAGAUAGUUGAUAUUCUAAAAACUAGUUUCUAGGUAAGCUUUUUCGCCUUCUUUGAAGGAAUAUUUUACCUUGCUAAGUAAAUUUAUAAUACUGAGCUUAGGAUCCCUUAAAUUAUGCCAUUUACAACUUUAACUUUGUAUUAUUUUACUUGUUUCAUAUUAAUUUUAAUAUAUUUUAUAAAAUAUUUAGUAUUAAAGCCUAAGUAAAAUCAAAAUAUAGAUAUAGAGGCUGACUUAAUUAUACUUCAUUUUUAGUACUAUGUAAGAUCACAUUAUGAUUUAAUAAAUAACUUUAAAUUUCCAAUACACUUGGAAUUCUACUUUAUUACAUUAACUUGGGAGAAAGUUGAUAAUAAACCAAAGUGAAAUAAUAUUAAUUCAUUUUAUGAAGAUACUGUGUUAAUUGAUUAAAUACACUACUGAGUUAAAAGGUAAAUUUUACAGAGUGUCUGGGAGGGAAUCAAUGUUUACUGAUCUAUUACUAUGUGUCUGAAACGAUGCCAAAUCCUUUGCACAUUGAUCUUAUAAUCUAAGCAGUUAACACAGCAAAACUCCUUAAUGGCUAUGUAUUAACUUUAGGAUAAAGACAUAUACACAUAUACCUUUAAAAUGACCCACACGAUACUACAAGACCUGGCUUCUCCAUAUUUGCUCUCAUUUUCUUCCCACCAAACUGCCCCUUGCCCUUUUGCUCCCAUUCCCUUUCAGGUCCUUAAGACUGCCUUGCACCCUUUAGUCAGAAAGCGUUGGUACUUAUAAUUAUUGUAUUUCUGCUUUCAUCACUCUCUUUGCUCCCUCACAUCUUUCCUUUAGAUAUCUUUUCCUCAGGGAAAUCUUUGUAACUCUCGGCACUCUGUGGCUUUCCAUGUGGUGUGAUCACUAUUGCAAUUUGCCAUUUACUUGUAUGAUUAUCUGCUUAUUCUACAAUACUUCACAGUGUAAGAUCACUAUUGGGUUUUAUUCACUGUUGUGUUCCCAGCAUAAUAUUUAGCACCAUAAUAGCCACUCAGUACAUUUUACUUAAGUACUUUCUUUUUCAAACUUGUUCCCCCCAAAUCUAAUAUUUAAUUUUAAGAAAUAAAAUUAGAAAGGAAAUUAGAAAUGUGUUUAUUAUUUUCCAGUUUUGAAUAGUAUUAAAUAUUCAGGAAAACAUAUUGUUAACAUUACUAUAGAUGUCCCCCAUUCACUCUCCCCUCCACCUAAGCCCCGGACCCAGCCCCUGCCCCAUUCCAGGUCUUCACCACAUUAUUGGCUGUGCCCAUGGAUUAUGCAU